AUGUAUACCUUUUUUGACUCGGAUUUCUUCCACUUUGAAUUUCUUCGAGUGUUAGGUACCGCUCCCUUCGAGGGAUGCGACAUCGGUGAAUGCCUCGAAGCAAUUGCAUGUAUCAAAAAUCAUGAUGCCGAGAGCUGGUUCGACGCCUGGGUCGCGGCAGCACGCAAAGCAGAAGCCGUCGCUGCCGCUGCAGAGGAGCGCGGAGAUCGCGAAGCCGCUCGCUGGGCAUGGAUUCGGUCAGGGAACUAUUUUCGCGCAGCCGAGUACAUGCUGCACUGCACUCCCAAGGACGCCCGACUUCUGGAUACGCUGGAGCAUAGCGUGCGCAACUUCCAGCGUGGGUUUGCUCUGCUGGCCGACCCGGCGGGCCAUGGAGGCGAAGUCCUCUCGCUCGAAAUCCCCUACGAGAAUGGCUUGACGCUUCCUGCGUACCUGUUCAUGCCAUUGCGACAGGCGGGAUCAAAGGAGCCCAUCCCCGUCGUGGUCAACAGCGGCGGCUUUGAUUCCACUCAAGAGGAGCUCUACUUUUACAUUGCCGCCGGCGCUCGUCGGCGCGGGUACGCCGUUCUCACAUUUGACGGUCCCGGUCAGGGAAUAUUCCACAGGCGACUAGACCAACAAGCUGGCUUCCCAGCCCAAGCACCCAAGGGUUCCUAUAUGCGACAUGACUGGGAGGCUGUCAUCCGUCCCGUCCUCAAUCGGCUGUGGGAAUACAGCGAAGAAAACCAACAACUCCAUCUCGAUCUCGAUCGGGUAUCUAUCUUUGGCGAAUCAAUGGGCGCUUAUUUUGCGCUACGCGGCGCAGCUGAUCCCCGGAUCAAAGCAUGCAUUGCGAUGGACGGCUUUUACGACAUGUGGGACAUUGCCGAUUCGCGUAUCCCCCCUGUAUUCUUGAAGGCUUGGGAUCGACUAGGCGAUCGCUUUUUUGACCGCGUCAUCCGCUCGAUGGGCAAAGUACACUUUCGCACGCGAUUUGAAUUCGCACAUGCGCGAUUUGCUUUGGGAUUGCCGACGUAUGCACAGGCGACGCGUGCGUUCAAAAAGUUCUCCCUGCGUGGGGAUGGAGAGCAGGGUGAGUACUUAGCCGAUGUCAAGUGUCCCGUAUUUGUCACUGGGGCAGCGGACUGGGCGUAUUUUCCUGCCCAGGGAAAUGCCACGAAGAUCUACGACGUUCUUAGUCGGCUGCAUCCCGGAAAUGCUAAACUGUGGGUGGCUAAGGGGGUGGGCUCAGGGGGGUUGCAGGCUAAGGUGGCGGCUAUUUCAUCGGUCCAUGACAAGACGUUUGAAUGGUUGGACGAGGUUUUGAAGAUUGAUCGAAAGGGAGAGAAAUCUUUGCCUUAG